AUGGCUGGGUCCCAACAAGGCAACGGGUUCGACCUCGACCCUCUGGAAUUUAUGGACUUUUCGCAAUACGACAACACCACCACCGACACUACCAGCAACGCGUUGAGCUUCCACCCAUCCUCGCUCUCACCAUCGACGUCGAUCUCGCUCAAGUCAGAAACUCCGGAAGGCUCGUCGUUGUUCCCCACCAACCAAGGGUUCGCAGCACCCAGCCAUCAGUACAACCUCUACAAGCAGCAAACAGGUCUCGUCCCGGGCGCACUGACAACGACGUUGUCGAUGAACGAGCCGCAAGGGUAUUUCCAAGAGUAUCUCGACCUUCAACAACAACACGACAUGCUCGCCGGGAUUGGGGAGUCGGACGACGUCUUCGACUUCAACGCACCCCUGCCCACUGGCUUGGACACCUCGGGGAUGGAUCUUGGCUUCGAGUCCUCCGAUGCGGGACUCUACCUCGGCUCGACCAUCAACCCCAGCGCCAUCGGUGGCCACGAACCUGAUGGGCUGACUUCCCCCUUGCCGACGACACCCGCGUUGUCGAGCACCCCCGGCAGAGUGUGGCCAGGCAUGCACCAGCAACAAGCGGCGAUUGCCAGGGCACAGCAGCAACAGAAACAGCAAGAGAUGCAGAGGCAACAACAGCAACAGCAACAGCUGCAAAGACAACGUGUCCAGGCCAAGCAGGCGCAGAAGGCCAGGUCACCUCAAACGAGCAGCUCCAUCGCCGAGCAAAACGUUCAGAACAUUCUGAGCUCGAUGCGCUCGGAGCCUGUGCAGUACACUCCAAUCAAGAGUGUGCCGACGGCAAACUUCCCCAAGAAGCAAAAGUCCGAGGCAGAGAUGGAUGAGGAUGAGAAGUUCCUCGCCAGCGAGGAAGGCAAGAAGCUCAGCAGCCAAGAGCGCCGUCAGCUUAGGAACAAGGUUUCCGCUCGCGCGUUCCGCGGCAGGAGAAAGGAGUACAUUGGCUGGCUCGAGGGCGAGCUCACGGACCGGCACAACGACUCGGGUCUUCUGCGAGCGCAGAACAAGGCGCUGAUCGAGGAGAACGCGCGGCUGACCAACCUCACCAAGAUGCUGCUCUCGUCGGACCACUUCCGCGACCUGCUCAGCGACCUCAGCUCCAACCCGGAGAAGCUCGACGACCUGCACUCGGCCGGCGAGCCCCACGUCCAGGCCCACGCCCGCCAGCAGGCCCAGCAGGAGGCCGAGAUGCAGGCCCGCCUCCAGGCCGAGAAGGACGCCAACCCGCACUUGGCCGAGCAGCAACACCUCCGCUACCAGGAACACUUCCGCCUCCACAUGAUGUCGGGCCAUGCAUGA